GUGGCCAGGGCAGAGUGUGGAAAGUGCAGAAGCGGCGGGUGGGGGUUAGGAGGAACCUGGACCUGUACUGGGGGAGUCCUGGCGAGAGAGGAAACGGCCGUGGAUUAUGUUCCGCUGAUUUUACAACCCUCAGCCUUCCAGGCAGUUUUCUUGUUUUGCUUAUAAAGAAACCCAGGCCAGCUGCAAGCUCAAGGUCACACUAGCCAGGCCAGACAGGUUUUCCAAAUUCAGAAGGGAGUAGGAUUCGCCAGCCAAUAGAAUUUGGAUUCCUUCCUCAUGAAGAUCAUUGAAGAAAAGUCAGGGAACCCUUCGGGCCUGGCCCAGAGGCUGCUGGGCCAACGGAGGCCCCGCCGGUCCUUCUUUGAAUCCUUCAUCCGGACCCUCAUCAUCGUGUGUGCUGCGCUGGCCAUGGUCCUCUCCUCCGUCUCCAUCUGUGACGGUCACUGGCUCCUGGCUGGGGACCGCCUCUUCGGGCUAUGGCACUUCUGCACCAGCUCCAACCAGACUGGGCCACACUGCCUCAGAGACCUGAGCCGGGCCCGCGUGCCAGGGCUGGCUGAGGGCAUGGUCCUGGCCCGCAGCACGGGCGCCUUGGCCGUGGUGGCCGCCAUUUUUGGCCUGGAGCUCCUCAUGGUGUCUCAGGUGUGCGAGGACCUCCACUCACGGCGCAAGUGGGCCCUGGGCUGCGUCCUGCUCCUCGUCUCGUUUGUCCUCUCCUCUGCGGGGCUCCUGAGCUUUGUGAUCCUCCUCAGGAACCAGGUCACGCUCACCGGCUUCACCCUCAUGUUCUGGUGCCAGUUCACUGCCUCCUUCCUCCUCUUCCUGAACGCCAUCAGCGGCCUUCACGCCAACAGCAUCAGCCAUCCCUGGGGCCAGCUGAGGGAAUUUUAGGCCCUCCUCCAAGGACAUCAGGUUCCGCAACAGAGUGGUCAAGACGUGACUUCUGGUGGGGGUAGGGGUGGGACAAUGACCUUGGAACUGCUGCCUCUUACCCAGUAACCUUUGGGGGGUCAGCCAGAAGUGGCCCAGGGCCCUGUGCCCAGGGCCAGAGGCCAGGAACGUGCCUCCAUGCCACCAACUGCACAAGUGUAGCCAAGUUACUAGCAUGUAGAUUGUAGAACACAUUGUAAAAUCCUUCUCUUGAAUCCUCCUUCCCAGGAAGGGAAUCGAUGUGGAAGCGGCUCAGGUAACUGGUGCCUGGGCUGGCUGCGCAGCCAAGUGCUGUUCACACCUGCUUCCCGGCUCUGUGCUGGGAGACCAGCUGCAGGGUCCCUGGGGCCUCCGCCGUGGCUAAGAGUGGAUCGCCUUCCCGCUAAGGGUGUCCAGCCGAGCCCAGGACUUCCUUCCACCAACUCAGGCGCCUCUGGGCACGCCUCUGCGUUAGCUUUGGUCAUGCCAGGGAGGCAGAAUUCAGGAUGACCUCAGGAUUUCUUGCACCUGGUAGUUUUUCAAACCAUUUUACUUGAUUCGACCCCUGCCCUUUGGGGAACUCUAUAAUCCCUCCCAUUGGGGAUUCUAACCCCCCACUUCCAGCAGCUGGUUGUCUCCUCUGGGGGCUCUGCCUGCGGGAUUCCUGCCUGACCUCUUUGAGUACAGUUUGGAGCAAGCCUUCCAGAAAAGUCCACCUGACUUCUAAUGCGCAGCGCUCGCUCCCUGAGGCAAGUGUGCGUGCCCAGCUUUGGUGAGGACCAGGCAGCCUGAGGUGCACCAUCUCUGACCCCAGAACAUUCAGAGAGCAGCUGCUGGACCCUGGGUGAUGGUUAACUCCUGAAGGUGCUCGCAGGUGAAGGGGACCAGGAACCAGCGAAGAUUUCCAUCUCGCCAGCAGAGCAGUGUUUGGGGCAUUAAAUGGCCCCCUUUCCAGUGCCUUUGUGCCCUCAGCCCACUCCAGCCACCCCAGCCCUCCCGCUCCCCCGCCGAAUGAAGUCUGGCCUGCCCUGGCUCACCCUGCCUGCCACGGGCUGUAGGAGUUCUGGUCACUCAGUUUCCCUUCCUGGCCUGGGCUGGGUGCUUGUACCUACCUCUUGUGUUUUUUAAAAACUUUUAUUCCAAAAUG